CGGCUUACGCCUCCUAUUGUCAGCAUUGCAAUCAUGGCGGCCGAGGGCGAAAAGAAGUUGUCGUUGAAAAAAGAUGAAAUGAAACGUCAAGCCCAAGAACAGGGCGUUGUAGACGGCUUUAACCAACUGAGGCAAGAGCAACGUGCCCUGACAGCAAAACUUAUCGAACUGGAAAUGGAACUUAACGAGCACAACUUGGUUGCUGAAGCACUUCAAAAAGUUGAUGGUGACCGACGCUGUUACCGAAUGGUUGGAGGUGUGCUUGUUGAAAGAACAGUCAAGGAUAUUCUUCCUGCUGUGGAACGAAACAAGGAAAACAUUUCGAAAUCAGUGGAGUUGUUAAAUGAGAAGAUUGUACAGAAAGGCCAAGAGGUGAACGAGUACCGUGAAAAGCACAACAUCCAAAUUAGGGUCUCUUCCAAUGCAGCCUCCAAGUCUCAGCCUACUGCAGGGAGCAGUGGUGGGGGCGAGAAGCCAGCAUCACAGCCUACAACAGGAGUGUUAGUCUGACAGAGUCAGCUGUUUGUUUGUUUUUCUUUUACCUUUUUAGUUAUCAUUUUACUGCAGCUUCAUGCUUCCACUUUUACUACCAUAGCUGCUUCACAUGAAUGAAAUGUGGUGUGUAAUUUUACGGAUGAGGCUUAAGCCUCAGUAAGAUGUUGCAUGCCAAGAUAUUUGAGUUUUUUUGUCCCUUGGUGUUCCUUUAUUUUUUUUUUUGGUAAAUAAAAUAUUUAUAUGAAUGGA